CCCCAGUUGUGAUCGAUUCUCUCUUUGUAUAUAAGAAUCCUUCCACCUGUUUACAAUUUGGGAUUUUUGGUUGAUGGAAACUAUAUAAUUUGUUGUAAACUUGAGUGGGUUUUGUUUGAAUUCAUCACAGAAUACAAUGGCAUUAAGAGCACCUGUUGCAGGGUUAAGUAUCGCUUCAACAACAUUACAGGAUUCUUCUAGCAGAAUUGGAGUUUGCAGGGUUUCAACUUGCAGAACUUCGUUCUUUGGUUCUGGAGUUGGAGCCCUAAAGGUUAGAGGAGUGAGGCUAGCUCACCCUAGUAGCACGCGAUGUAACAGCCAUGGUGGGAUCCGGAUGAAUCUUUUUGACCGUUUUACACGAGUUGUCAAGUCAUAUGCAAAUGCACUCAUUAGCACCUUUGAAGACCCAGAAAAGAUCUUAGAGCAAGCUGUUACAGAAAUGAAUGAUGAUCUAAUAAAGAUGCGUCAAGCUACAGCCCAAGUUUUGGCAUCUCAAAAGCGGAUGGAGAACAAAUACAAAUCUGCAGAGCAAGCUUCUGAGGAUUGGUAUCGAAGAGCACAACUUGCUCUGGGUAAGGGAGAUGAGGAUCUUGCACGUGAAGCCUUAAAGMGACGUAAAUCUUAUGCUGACAAUGCAGCUUCUUUGAAGACUCAACUUGAUCAACAGAAAGGUGUCGUGGAUAAUCUUGUGAAUAAUACUCGGCUUCUCGAAAGCAAGAUACAAGAGGCUAAGUCAAAGAAAGAUACUCUGAAAGCACGUGCACAAUCUGCAAAGACCGCGACAAAAGUAACUGAAAUGUUGGGGAAUGUCAAUACAAGCAGUGCUCUUUCAGCAUUUGAGAAGAUGGAGGAAAAAGGUUCCUCUUUAGUCUUCCAAGCUGAAGCACUUAAUCAGCUAACAACCGAUGAUCUUGAAGGAAAGUUCGCAAUGCUGGAGAGCUCAUCUGUUGAUGAUGAUCUUGCAAGCUUGAAGAAGGAACUAUCUGGAAGCACAAAGAAAGGAGAGCUUCCACCAGGAAGAACAGCGGUUGGGAACUCAAGUGGUGCAGCAGCGUAUCCGUUUCCUGAUCUUGAAAUCGAGAAAGAGCUAAACGAGUUGAGGCAAAGAAGCAGGGACCUCUAGAAACCAAGGACAUGUAAAGGAAUUAACUUUAUUAUCGGAAGGAAGUUCAUAUAUUCUCUCUAGAAAACUUGUUAUGUUUAUACUCAGAAAAUUGCAAUAAAUUUACCUUUAGGUGCGUCUUGUAUUUAGUUCCAAUUUGUUUCUUUUUAUCAAAAUUUUUCAUCUGUCUCAUUGCAUCUUUACAAAGCAUCUGUGAGACUGUUGGUGUAUUAUGACACUCCUUUGUCUAUGUGAAAUUUUGGUUAUUUUAUCAA